CAAGUAGCUUAGGCAGCAAAACCUGAGGGUGCUCCCUGCGCCGCGCACGAGAGGCUGGCACAGCCCAGGCUCAGGCUGGGGGCCUAUAUAAGAGCAGAGUCACCUCCAGCUGCACCACCUCCUCUCCUCCAGCUCGGGGUUCCCUUCUUGCCAGCUUCGUCUCCGCCCCAGAGGAUGUCUUCCGGACAGCUCCUGAGCAGUGGCUGCUCCUCGCCCUGCGAUGUCAGCUGCCCGCAGCCCUUCGUGGACGCCUACAGCCAGCUCUGCCUCACCUCCUGCGCGGACUCCCGCGCCGUGGUCUACCCUCCCCCCGUGGUCAUCACCUUCCCGGGCCCCAUCCUCAGCUCCUGCCCCCAGGAGAGCUUCGUGGGCACCACAGAACCGACCCCCAUCAGGGGCUCCUUUGGCUCGGGGGGCUCCUACGGUGGGGGCAGCUCCUUUGGCUCGGGGGGCUCCUACGGUGGGGGUAGACCAUUUGGGGGCUCCUAUGGUGGGGGCAGCUCUUUGGGCAUUGGGGGCUCCUAUGGUGGGGGCAGCUCCUUUGGCUCGGGGGGCUCCUAUGGUGGGGGCAGGUCGCUUGGAGGCUCCUAUGGAGGCAGGAGACGCUUUGGCUCCAGCUCCUCAGGGGGAGGCUUUGGGGGGUCCUGCGGAGGAGGCUCCUUCGGUGGGGGCUCCUUUGGGGGGGAUCUCGAGUUUAGCUCCCGUCCUGUCGCCUCCUUCGGCUUUACGUUUGCUCCUCCCACCCCUCGCAGGUCCAGCGCAGAGCCAAAAGAUGUCCUGCGAGAAAACUCUGUGCCCAGAGCCCUGCUCCGUGCCCUGCGACGCGAAGUGCCCUGA